AUGAAAAUCUUAGUGACAUCAGACGAUACCGGAGCAGUCAAAGAAGUGAUAUGUUCUAGGGGAACCGAUACUUCAAAGCAAGAUGCUAGACAACCAAAGUCAAUUAAGAAUAUUUGUUCUGAACCUGGGGCAUCGGUCAGAACUAGAAUCUUACAUAUGGUAAAUUUCAAAUCAACAUUUUUGGUAACUUCAAGAUUGGGGGGUUCAGUAACGAUCUACGACUUGAAUCACGAAGAAUAUGAAUUGAUACACACAUACCAAUUGCCUAUUUCCAACGAAGACAAGCCGAUCUCGUUGAUUGAACUCGAAGAGUUCGAUGUCGUUGUCGUAGCAUUUGAAAGUGGUAAAGUAUUUUUCAUCAACUUAAACAAUGGUCUCUUUGACUUAGAUCCAAUAGAGAUAGAAUUACCUGGUAAAAAGGGGAUUAGUGCAUUUAUAAAUAAUCCUCAUGAGGCUGGAAUUUUCGCUUGUGGUGGUAAAGAAAAUGAUGCCAGAGUUAUUAGAUUAUUCAAAGGAGAAAUCUCUAAAGAAAUUUUCGAAUCAGGAAACAAGCAAGAAUUUUUUAAGGCUGAAGUUUUAUUCACUGCAAGAAAUGUUAAAAAUGAUCAUCUUGAUUUAAGACCACCAAUAUGGAUAAGUAAAAUUCGCUUUUUUGAAGAAAAACCUAAGGACGGUUAUAAAUUCGUGACUUCAACAAGAUAUGGCCAAAUACGUAUUUAUGAUACAACUCAUGGAAAAAGGCCUAUACAUGACUUUAAAGUUUGCGAGAAGCCAAUAGUCACUUUAAAUUUCGCCGAUUCAGAAGAAGAAAUCAUCAUAUCCGAUACGCAUAAUUUAGUUGCCAAAUAUUCUUUGACGCAAAUUGAUUCUAAAGCAUUUAAAACACAUUCUGCUUCUGCUGGAGAAAUAAUUAAACCAGUUACUAAGCUUAUGGGGAAAUUCGCUGCUGGAGGUAAUACUGGGGCAAUUGUUGGAGUUGAUAUCUUCGAUCAAAUAAUUUCAACCGGGGGAUUGGAUAGAUACCUUAGAGUUUACGAUAUUAAUAGCAGGGACAUAUUCGCAAAGGUUUACCUUGGUGUACAAGUCUCAGAUGUGUUGAUGUUGGAUAGCGAAGAUGAAGAAGAGGAAGAAGAUGAGUCUGAAAUGGGAGACAAACGUAGAAAGAACCUUGAAAAGAGGAGGAGAAAAGCACUUGAAGAAGAAAAUGAAAGUGACGAAGAAGAAUUAUGGAACCAAUUAGAAGAAAAUAACAAAACUAAAAUUGAAAAGAAGAAGAGAAGAAUUUAA